AUGACUUGCCAAGCAUUUUCUUCAUCUGACACCUUUGUGCCCUUGAAUUCUGACUCUUCUCCCUCUCUGCCUCUGAUAAUGCAUCACAGCGCCGCAGAGUGCCUGCCGGUUUCUAACCAUGCCACCAAUGUUGUGUCUACAGUCCCGUCUGUUUUGUCUUUGAUCCAAACUCCUACAUGCUCCCAUAUCCGCUUUGCCAUGACAACUCUGGGAAACGCUUCGGCAGGCCUUCAUUACUCUGUGCCUUCCUGUCAUUAUGGAAAUCAACCAUCUACCUAUGGGGUGAUGGCAGGCAUCAAGCCUGCAACUCCAGAGAUGCUAUCAGCAAGUCUCUCCCAGAGUCGCAUCUUACAGACAUGCAGCAUGCCACAUCCCAAUGUGGUAAACGGUGUCAGCACCUUGCAAAGUAGCCUGACCCCUUGCCUUUACAAAUUCCCGGAGCAUGCCCUGAGCGCCAGCUCCUGUGCCCUUGGCCACGGCUUCACACCCAUGCACCAGUCCCUCCUCACGGACGAUCCCACUGCCGCAGACUUCAAGCAGGAGUUCCGCAGAAAAAGCAAGUCUGUCGAAGAGCCCGUUGACAUGGACUCCCCUGAAAUCAGGGAACUGGAGAAAUUUGCUAACGAAUUUAAGCUGCGGAGAAUUAAGCUGGGUUAUACACAAACCAACGUUGGAGAAGCACUGGCUGCUGUGCAUGGCUCAGAAUUCAGCCAAACUACUAUUUGCCGGUUUGAAAACUUGCAGCUGAGUUUCAAGAACGCAUGCAAACUGAAAUCAAUACUGUCCAAGUGGCUGGAGGAAGCAGAACAAGUAGGAGCUUUAUACAAUGAAAAAGUUGGAGUGAAUGAGCGGAAGAGAAAGCGCAGAACCACCAUAAGUAUUGCUGCCAAAGAAGCCCUAGAAAGACACUUUGGAGAACAAAAUAAGCCUUCUUCUCAGGAAAUUAUGAGGAUGGCUGAGGGGCUCAAUCUUGAGAAAGAAGUUGUGAGAGUUUGGUUUUGCAACAGAAGACAAAGGGAAAAAAGAGUGAAGACAAGUUUACAUCAGAACACCUUUAGUUCUAUUAUCAAGGAACAUCACGAAUGCCGGUAAAACUUUCCAUGUAUAGAUGUGGAUUCCUGUUUUGCUUUUUGCAAUCAAGCCACAUCACACCCACGGAAGAAAUGCGGAGUUCAUAGGUUCUUUUUAAUACUUUUUCAGCCUCGAGAGAAUGUCAUAACCUUUUGGGGGAAGAAGUAGAUGAAGUUAGAUAAGCAAUAAUUAUAGGCUGUUUGGCCACAUAAUUUAGCUGGACUUAACUUAGCACAUAAUAAAAGUGGUAUAAUUUGUCUACAACAUGUGCUUAAACCUUAAGAAAGACACUUCUGUCUUACAAAAAAACCCAAACCCCAAUCUAUCAAUUCAAGGAGAAAUAGCAAGCUAUUUAGCCCAGAGGCACCAGGGAAAAUUUUGGCACAAAUAAUCUUAUCAGCUGGGAUGUUUUGAAGUAUGCCUUCUGAUUUGUGACUUGGUCAUGUAAACUUUUCAACUAAUUUUUCCUUUUCAGCCUUUUUAAGGAGGGCUUGCCAUAGUAUCUCAGUUCUUUGUACAUCUCCAAUUGUACAUUUUGAUUUUUAUCAUCAAGUAAAAGCAGCCUUUAAAGACCAGCUUUCUCCUGUGAUUCUUCAGGAGAAUAUACCUGCUACAGGAAUACAGUUGCUUCACUUUAUGUACACUGGUAGUCCAGAUAGUCCAGAAAACUGCACUUACAAGAUAUAUUGCUCUGAAAAAGUAAAUACUGGUCACCAGGAUAUGAAAACAGUCAUGUUUAAAGCAAGUAUAAACUGACCCACUGCAUUAGCUUUACUACUAGGAAAGAUCAUGGUUUACUAUAGAGAUGGCACCGGCCCAAGAUUUUUUCUAUAAAUCCAUAAUUUCUGAAAGGCUGUGUCACACAUUUUUAAUCCAAGAAGGUACAGAUCAGCAAAUAAGGAGCAUGAGACAGUUCAAACAUUAGAGGCUUGAAAUAUAUGUAAAGCUGUCCUCUUUGUAAGUAGCUCCCAGAGACCACAAAACCAAAUAUCUAUAACAUGCCCAGAAUAUUAUCUCCUUUUCUCAUACCUCAAGUAUUGCGAAGGAUGGGAAGGAUUAGUUUGCACACUAGCAAACACUAGUUUGCACCCUAGUUUUAACAGCAAACAUUUGAAAAUAGGACUUUUCUCAUCGAAAGGAAAUACUUAAGUAGCAUUUAUAACCUGAUUUUCAAAGCAAAAUGCAAACCUACACCAACCAUUGCUAAAUCAUUGCAGAUAACCCAGCCGCAGAAAUCAAACCCUAUAUAUAGGUGAUUUUAUUCUUAAUUAAGAAGAAUUUGGGUAAAGAGCUGAAAUACCUUAUUUGCUUUUAAGAGGUUUGGGGCAAGUUUAUUAAAGUCAGUUAUGUUCUUCUGGAAAAAAAUAAUCAAAAUUCAUACAGUCAUAUGAAGUUACUGAACUGAAAAAGAACUGUCUGCAUACUUUAAGGUAUUUUUAUACAUUGAGUUAGUAUAACUAGG